ACCUUAUCAGCUUAUCUUAGUGUGCAAUCGCGAAUGACCGCGUCGAGACGCGUCCAAGUUUAAAUUGAUUUUCGGCUCAAAACUAAACUUAUUUCUCAGAAUAAUAACCCGAACCUCAAUAUGCCACAUUCCAUUUCUCCCGAAGGAUCUAAAGUACAAUCACAAGAGGAGAUGGUCAAUACCGAAGAAACUGGCGACGACGCCCAAAUAAUUCAAGAAGCAGAGGAUACUUCUCUCGAUAAGGACGCCGCUGAGUUGAAUGAUGACGAUGAUAUAACAAUGGCAGAUGCUGGAGUACAAGGCGAGGCCAUUCCUACACCAGCUACAAAAACCGAGGUCAAAUUGGAGGAUUUAUUCGCAGAUGUUGAAUCCGAUGAUGAAUUUCCAAGUACAAAUGCGAAAGAGGAAAAGGCGUCGAGUUCACCUGAAGCUCCAGCUUCCCCAGUGUAAGUGUUGGAAGAGAUGUCCCGAACUCGCAAGCUAAGUAAAUAUUAAGACAUAUUGGACCAUCAUCUCGAGCAUCAGAUCCCGAAGUUAUGCGAUCCUUUUACCAGAGACUUUUCCCUUGGCGCCAUUUAUUCCAAUGGCUCAAUCAUUCCCCAACUCCCUCGACUGACUUUGGACAUCGGGAAUUUGCUUUUACUCUCCAAAAUGAUGCCUACCUGAGAUAUCAAGCCUUUUCAACCUCCGAUCUGUAAGUUGCGGGAACAUGCCUAUGGCUCACUUAAGCUAAUCAUACCCUAGCCUACGAAAAGAUGUUCUUCGUCUUAUGCCAUCCAGAUUUGAAAUUGGCCCAAUAUAUAGUACAAAUCCCCGAGAUCGAAAAACACUUCGCAAAUCCUCUGCCUUUCGACCAAUCGCCAAGGAAUUAUGUUUCGAUAUCGAUUUGACCGAUUACGAUGAGAUUAGAACGUGCUGUGACAAAGCAAACAUUUGCAGGAAGUGCUGGCAGUUCAUUACAAUGGCUAUUAAAGUGGUUGAUGUUGCGCUGCGGGAUGACUUCGGGUUCAAACAUAUCAUGUGGGUAUACUCUGGAAGAAGAGGAGCUCACGCUUGGGUAUGCGAUAAAAAAGCUAGACAAAUGGACGAUCAGAAAAGGAGAGCCAUCGCGGGAUACUUGGAACUCAUUCGAGGUGGAGCGCAAACCGCAAAAAAGGUCAACGUAAAAAGACCUUUACAUCCGCAUGUAUUGUAUGUCCAUUAACGUCACAACCAUUUCAACUAUUGACACUCAGCAGACGAAGUCUUGACAUACUCAAAGGUCACUUCCAGAACGAUAUCCUUCAUGAUCAAGAUCCAUGGGAGGAAGAUGAAAAAGUCGACAAAUUAUUACAGCUUCUACCUGAUAGAACUUUGAAUGAAAGUUUACGGAAAAAGUGGAGCUCUUCUCCUGGACGCUCAUCAACAUCGAAAUGGGCUGACAUCGAUGCGUUAGCGAAAACUACAAAGGGAUUAGAUCCAAGAGCUUUACUGGAAGCGAAACAAGAUAUUGUUCUCGAAUAUACAUACCCUCGACUGGAUAUCGAAGUUAGUAAACAUCUCAACCAUUUACUUAAGAGUCCAUUCGUCGUACAUCCUGGGACCGGAAGAGUUUGUGUCCCUAUAGAUACCAGACAUGUGGGGGAUUUUGAUCCCCUGGCUGUACCAACUGUUACCCAACUUUUAGGCGAAAUUGAUCAGUGGACCGCACCUCAAAAUGGAGAGAUUGAGGGCAAGAGCAUACAAGAUUGGGAGAAAACAAGUUUGAAGCCAUUCGUGGAUUACUUCAGAUCAUUUGUCGCUGCUUUGAUAAAGGAUGAGAGUGAUGUUAAAGUCAAACGAGAACGAGACACAGAUGGGAUGGCGUUCUAGUUUUAUUGAAUGUAAUCUCAAUAUUUGGCGUUGUAGGAUUUGGGUAUGGAUGGAUAAUAAAUGAGAUACGAAUAGUAAUUCAAGUGAAUUGAAUGAUUGAGAUAUUGAUUUUAAUCCAGAUGAGUUGGGUGCCAGAAGAAGGAUUUCGUUACAUUGUGCUUUUCCUUCUUGCUGUCUACAAACACCUAAAUUUCAAAAGCUGUUCUAAUAUAGUAAAAUCUCAUUAUUUAUGUCGGAUACAAAAAUUAGUUUUAU